UCAGAAUCAGAAGAUCCUGGGACAUCAGCUAGUAGCCAGCCGAGAGGAUGUGUCUGGGCAGGAUGGUCGGGCUGGGCGUUAUGCUACUGUUGGUCCCUGGCAUUUUGGGCACUGAUAAUUGUCCAGAGGUCAAGGUGCUGGGGGUGGGCAGCGAAGACAAGCUCGCCAUUCUUCGAGGCUGCCCAGGACUGCCAGGAGCCCCUGGACCCAAGGGAGAGGCAGGGGCCGCUGGAGCGAGAGGGGAACGAGGCCCCUCUGGAGCCCCCGGGAAGGCAGGACCCCCUGGACCCAAAGGACCCCCAGGAGAGAAGGGAGAGCCUGGGGAGAAAGGAGAUUCCUGGGAUGCCGAGCAGUGUGACACAGGCCCACGGAGUUGCCACCAGCUGCUGUCCCGGGGCCAUGUUCUCAAUGGCUGGCACAACAUCUUUCUGCCUGACUGCCAGCGUGUGGAGGUGCUGUGUGACAUGGACACGGAUGGCGGAGGCUGGACUGUUUUCCAGCGCCGCAGCGAUGGCUCCGUGGACUUCUACCGGGACUGGGAAUCCUAUCGCCGUGGCUUUGGCAGCCGGCUGGGCGAAUUCUGGCUGGGCAAUGAGAACUUGCAUGCGCUCACCUCCCAGGGCACCUGGGAGCUACGAGUGGACCUGGUUGAUUUUGAGGGCAACCGCCAGUUUGCCCACUAUGCAUCAUUCAAGAUAGGCAGCGAGAGUGAGCAGUACCCACUGCUGCUGGGGGACUUCGUGGGGGGCACCGCAGGUGACUCCCUCAGUGUGCACAAGGGCCAUAAAUUCUCCACCAAAGACAGAGACAAUGAUAACUACAAUGCCAACUGUGCUGUAUCGUACCAAGGCGCCUGGUGGUACUACGAGUGCCAUGUGUCCAACCUCAAUGGCCGCUACCUGGGCGGCAACCAUGGCAGCUAUGCCAACGGCAUCAACUGGCAUACGGGGAAGGGCUACAACUACAGCUAUAAGAUAUCAGAGAUGAAGGUACGACCUGUUUAGGGGUUGUGCAGCCCUACGUGUCCAAUGAU